AUGUGCAAGCAGAAGAUCUACAAAUUGCAUCAGGCACUGCUCGACUCUCUCGCGAAGGAACAGGCAGCUGCUUCUCGAGUCGCCGCGCUCUCACAGGAUGUGGAGGAGCAGAAGCGCGAGCUGGAGCGUUUGCUCGUGGUGUCGCGAGAGCACGACGAGGAGAUCCAGGCCCUUCAGGAGAGCAUGCGAGAUAAAGAAGCCGAGAUUGAGAGCUCUGCCGACGCGGAGAGGCUGUUGAAACUCCAAAUCGACGAGCUAGAGAAGGAGAGGAAAAGUCUGGAGGGCAUUCUUCAUGGUCGUCGCGAGGAAAUCCGAGAGUCUUUUGGAGUCCUCAUUGAAGCUGCGACUGCUGAAAUGGAGUGCACAAAGAAAGAGGUCCAACUGCGACUGAAGACGAAGGAGAACCUCGCCAGUCAGAGGAACGCCCUUCAGGAGAAGGAAACGACCCUCAAAGAGCAGCUCGCUGCAGCAUUGUCGCAGGUGGAGGGAGUCAAGCGGGAACUGGACUACACGGCGCAAGAUCCUGAGCGCGUGCGAGUCCAAGCGGACCAGUUCUCUCAAGUCCUGCAAGCUCUGAAAGCUCAAACAACUGGCGUAGAACAGGAGCUCGAAGACCUAGUGCAGAAGGCCUUUGCUGCCGAAGAACGGCUCAAAGUCCUCGAGUCGCAACGGGAGGAAGUAUCCCUGCAAGUGACGGUGAAGAGAGACGAGGUUCUGGCCGCUGAACUCGCGGAGCGCGCAGUGCUUGGGAAGGCCCAGGCGGCGAAGGUGAACUAUCUGCAAGCUGCUGAGAACAAACGCGCCCUGGACCUUCAGUCCAAGGACCUCGCUUCCGAGCUCAAAAUGGUGACGGACAUGACGAGCCGAAACGCGAGUCUCUUUGAUCGAGCCAAGGUAGAAUUCAAAAAAGCGGUGUUCGCCAGAGACGCUGUUUUCUCCCAACUCCCCGACUUGAAGAGCCUCAAAACAGAUUGGCUGAAGGAAAAGAAGCAGCUGGAGAUCGAGAUUGCGAAGGGGAAAGCCACAGAGAGCGACAGGAAGGAGCGAGGCGAGGAAGCAGAUCUUGCAUUCAGGAAACUUUCGGACUUGGAGAAAGAGGCAGCAGCCAGCCGAGGAGAAGUCGAGUCUUGGGCGCAGCACGUGAAGACCCUAACGGCACACAAAGAGCGAAUCCUCCGGGAGAUCGCUGCGGCGCAACAGAGAGUGACGGACGGUCAGCAGAGGCUCCAGAUAAAGUACAUCACGCUGAAGCAGACCUCGGACCAGCAAGUCGCCGAAAUGACCGAGCGACACAAAAUCCUUGCGAACGAAGUGGAAAUUCUUCGACUGCAAGCAGAGGCGAAGGCGAAGGCCAUUGAAAAACGGUCGCUUCAGAUGCAAAAGGAAGUUGAGCAGCGAGGCUGGCUGCGUCUCGAGCAGUCGCGUCUCAUCCAGAAGGUCAAAGAGGAAAGCCGACUCAUGGAGGAGUACGUGAUCGAGAUCGACCGCCUCAACAACGUCAUCAACGCGGUUGAGAAAGAAAUGCUCAGCACCAAGAGGAUCUACCAGACUGCCAUCGAGUCAAGAAAUCUCGCUGGAAUUCAGCUGAUCGACAGGCAAGCGCAAGAUAGCGAAGAUGCGCUUUAUCGGAAGCCGUGGAACGACGAGCUUUGUCUGUUGUGGGAGAAAUCGAACAUGCUUGAGGAAACGGAGAAGAGAAGCCAGCGCGCCCUGCAUGAGAAAGACCAGGAUGUGACCACGCUUCGUCUCCAACUCCAAGAAGUCGAGAGACAGCUUCACUCGAAGAAGCGAAGGGCGAAAGACGUGCCCGUUUUGGCGGCCGAGGUCGAGAAGUUGAAAAAAGAGCUUCAGGAAGAAAAACGAUUAGCAGAAAGCAUCAGCCGCAAACUAGAAAAUCCAACGGAGGGGAGACAGUGGCAAGAACUCGGCGGAGAAGAUCCAGAUAUGGAGACGUUGGAGGCGAAGUAUCGGGUCAUCGAACAGCGGUUCCGGGGCAUAAAGAAGGAGCUCAUCGAUCAAGACUUGCGACUUGAAGAUCUAACGGAGUUGACAGACAAGCAGAAAGCGAGGGCCGAAGAAGAACGUGCCGACGCCAUUCGCAUUCGAAACGAAAUUCUCAGACUGCAUGGAAAGCUGAUCGAGAUGAACCGGCGCAUGAAGGUGACGAUGUCGGAGUUAACGCUCUACCAGGAGUAUUUGCCCAGACUGAAGCAGCUUCAGGCGGAAACGGCCCAGAAAGUGGACGAAGCCCGCGAGAAUGUCUACUUUGGUAGGCCUGCUACUCCAAACACAGAGGAAGAACUUGCCGCUAUGCUCAAGAAAGAGGUGGCUAGGAAUCAGAUCCUCUAUGCCGCCAAAGAACGCGCCCUCGAAGAGGAGCGCGAAGGCACAUCUUUUUUGCGGACGACAGCCGAACGAAGACCGACGCAGUACUUCCCCGACGACGGGUCCAUUGGACUUCCUGUGGCGUACGGCGCGAACGCUCCAUUCAAACCAGGGCCACCGACUUCGAAUUUGCGACACUACAAGGGCUCUCGCGAAGAACUCCCGCCGGGGGGAUAA